AUGGCGAUCAAAGCAGGAAUGGGGAGGAAAUCUUCUAACAAAAAUCCCCCAUUUUUCAGUCAUGAGUUCGUAAUUCAAAACCACGCGGACAUUGUGUCGUGCAUCGCGAUGAUCUUCGUCGUAGGAAUAAUGCUACAGCCGACACAAUCUCUAGCUAGCACCUUCGUUGCCUUACGCCACAACGUAUCUGGAGCGGAUCCCAGCCAGGAGAACCCUAUGGGUGUGCAGUACUUGUACACGGCCGGAUGGAAAGAUGCUUGUGCGGUGUUUUUCUACACGCUAAUCUGUAUCAUCAUGCAUGCUAUUCUACAGGAAUACGUUCUGGAUAAAAUAUCAAAAAAGCUUCACCUCUCCAAGUUCAAAUUGUCACGCUUCAAUGAAUCCGGUCAGUUAGUCGUUUUUUACGCAAUGUCCUUCCUGUGGGGUCUGGAUCUAAUUGUGCGUGAACAGUAUUUCGGAAAUAUGAAUAGAAUGUGGGAAGGAUACCCUGAUCAUCCUAUGAUCUUCCUGCACAAGAUGUUCUUCAUUAUCCAGCUGGCCUAUUAUGCACACAUGCUGCCAGAACUGUACUUUCAAAAGGUUAAGAAAGACGAACAAAAGCCUAAGAUUCAGCAUGCUGUGGGUGGUUUGUUCAUCAUCGGAACUGCUUACUUCCUUGGAUUCCAACGUAUUGCUCUCGUCCUUCUGACGCUGCACUACUUCUGCGAGUUCGUGGCCCAUACCUUCCAGUUGGUGGACAUAGUAGAUAAGGAAGGAAAAUUCGCUAAAUUACGGCUCGUUCACAACGGAUUGUUCAUUCUCACCCGUUUUACGACGAUGGUUCUGUCAUUCCUCACCUUGUUCUACAGCAUUGACAACAUUUCACAAUCUAAGCGCGUGCUGAUGCUGUCGAUGGUGUUCGGACUGCAGGGCUAUUUGUUUUUCGAUUUUAUUUCCAAUGUACUUCGCUCCAAGCGAGAAAACUCCUCGGAAGAACGGGCGAAAUUAACGGUUACCGUAAACAAGACUGACAAACCGAAAAAACAGAAGAAAAAGGAAAGUGAUCUUCCAGAAGCCGAUCAAAACUCUGCACAAUCUUCUCCAAAAGCUGCCGGUAGUAACGUGCGCAAGACGAAAGUAAAGUAA